UACCCCACUGUGCAGCAUAACAGGGUCAAACAUAGUCGCCGCUGCCAUGACAACAACGAGUCCUGUUUUUGGAUUAGUUUUUUGUUUACGCCAAACAGUGCAGUCAGAGCAAAAGUUGUCAAUAGAAGGGAGCACAAGCUAGAGACGUGAGCAUGGCCAGAAGAGGCGUUCCAAUCACAGAUCUGGAUCAGAGCGAACAGGAGCCAGAGCAGGAGCAGGAGAAGGCGCAGGAGCCGGAGCACUUGAGGCCAGCGACCCAGCCGAAAAGGCAGCGCAAAGUCUUACAAACGCUAACGGGAAACUUCAGUCGCAGAUCGCGCAGCGUCGAGGUGGAGCACCGUCACCCGGCCGACGUGAGCGGCGGCAGUGCCAAGAAGAAGCAGCAGAGCCAGGAGCGCACGCUGAAUGGAUUGCUGCAGGCCAAGGAGCAGCAACUGGAGCAGUUGCUCCAGCGUCUAUCCACGCUGCACAAGUACAACGAGCAGUUCGCCAGGGAGAACGAGCGGCUGCGCGACCAGACCGAGCAGCUGGAGCAGCGUCUGGCCGCGGCAGAGCAGCGCGUGGCCAGCUGYGAGCGCUGCCAGCAGCUGCAGCAGCAGCAGAGCCAGCUGCUCCUGCAGAACCAGGAGCUGAGCAACGAUGUGGACAUGCUGAAGACCUUGGUCUUUCGACUGAAUGUACAAAUCGAAUGCUAUCAGGAUCAGCGACGCAUGGCGCAGCCGGAGGACGCGCCUCUGGCCAGCGCAGCCAACAGCUGCUCCCUGCCGCCAUUCUCCGCCCAGCUGGGCAGGCACACCUUGGCGCCCUUGCUGCAGGCCUAUGACGAGUCCUUGCGCGACAAGGAUGCGCUGCUCAGCCAAUACGCCGCCGACUUUGAGCUGUUCUCGAACGAGCUGAAGCGUGCGCUGGAGGAGAACACCAAGCUGCUGCAGGCGCAGGAGCAGCUGCGUCGCGACGUGGGCGGCUGGCAAGAGGAGCGAGUGCGUCUGCAGGCGCAGCUGAGCGUGUGCCGCAGCAAGGCCGAAACACAGACACGCAAAACGGAUCUGGUCAAGGAGAAGCUGGUGGAGGUGAUGCACUUCUACGAGCAGCGCAAUCAGACGCUGCUCCUGGACAUGAAUCAUCUGCAGGAUGCCUAUGCGCGCUGCAAAGCGGAGCUCGUUUCCCUGAAAAGUCCAGCCUCAGCUUCAGCGCCCGCUGCGCCUCCGCCUGUGGAUACAAAUGCUGCGGAGCUGCAGCAGUGCAAGGCGCUGCUGGAGCAGCUCAAGCAGGAGCACGCCAAGGAGCGCGCCGCCCUCGAGGCAGAGAAGCAGGCGAGCAGCACGCGCGUUGCCUCGCUCCAGCGCAGCUGCGAGAAGGCGAAGCAUGCCAGAGAUCGGCUGAAGGCUCGCCUACGCAUGACAUUACAGUGGGCACAGAAACUGGAGGCUGGGCAGGCAGAGCUGCGCGAGACCUAUGAUGCAGUGCAGCAGCUGUCGACGUUGCUGAAGCACAAGGAGUCGCAGCUGCGGGGCAUGCAGCUGCGCAACAGCGAGGAGCUGGACAAGCUGCGGCACAAGCUCCAGCAGAAGGACGAGACCAUUCGGAACCUGCUGCGCAGCAAGAUGGAACGGAGACCCGCCGUGGACUAGCC